AUGCAGCAACAAUUCGAGCCGCUGAAGAAUGACUUGCUGCUACGGGCCGCACGGGGCGAGAAGGUUGAACGGCCGCCGAUAUGGGUGAUGCGACAGGCGGGCCGCUACCUCCCCGAGUACCACGAAGCGAAGGGUGGCCGGGAUUUCUUCGAAUGCUGCCGCACGCCGGAGAUCGCCUCGACGCUGACAAUUCAGCCCAUUGAUCGCUACGCGGGGCUCAUCGAUGCUGCCAUCAUCUUCUCCGAUAUCCUAGUCAUCCCACAGGCGAUGGGCAUGACCGUAGAAAUGGUCGACAAGAAGGGCCCACACUUCCCGGAGCCGCUGCAGUCGCCCACGGACGGCCAGUACGAGAAAGUGAUGGCGAAGAAGGUGGAUGUCAAGGCCGAGCUGGAUUAUGUCUACAAGGCGAUCACGCUCACUCGGUACAAGCUGCAGGGCCGCGUGCCCCUCAUCGGCUUUUGCGGCGCACCCUGGACGCUGCUGUGCUACAUGGUGGAAGGGGGCGGAAGCAAGCUCUUCGUGCAGUCAAAGAAAUGGGUUUACCAGUAUCCGACAGAGUCGCAGGCGCUGCUGCAGAAGAUCGCCGAGAUCUGUGUCGAGUACCUGGCGCUUCAGGUUGCGGCGGGCGCGCAGCUCGUACAGGUCUUUGACUCGUGGGCCGGAGAGCUGUCACCGAGCUCGUUCGGCUCAUUUUCGCUUCCUUACUUGCGUCAUAUCUCUGCGAAUCUGCCGAAGCGGCUCAAGGAGAUGGGGCUGGAGCCCGUGCCUAUGACCGUCUUUGCCAAGGGCGCAUGGUACGCGCUCGACGACCUCUGCGACUCGGGAUACAACGUCGUUGGUCUGGACUGGCUUCACGACCCUGCGGAGGCCAUGCGUAUUGCCAAUGGCCGGGUGACCCUCCAGGGCAAUGCCGAUCCGGGGGUGCUCUACGGAGGUCGUGCGGCUAUCACGCCGACGGUUGAGCACAUGGUCAAGGGAUUCAAGAAGGGCAAGCAAGGAUGGAUUGCCAACCUGGGCCACGGCGUCACUCCCUUCGUCGACCCGGAGAACUUGAAGUUCUUCUUCGAAGAGAUCCAUCGAUUGACAGCAUCUUAG